GAGGUCAAAGGAAGAUGCAAAAUUGCCAAUAUCAUGAAAAGAUUGAAAACAAGAUCGCGUUUCGUAAACGACAAAGUAAAUAAGAGAACAAUCCCAUAUUUGUAUCUUUAACAAAAAGGAAAUGAAAUUUCUUGCUUGGCAAUUAACUCAUAAUUCGCACUAUGAUUUAUUUAAGAAUAAUACAAUUUACAGUUAUUUAUUAUUAUAGUUGUCUUACAUAGCAUACAUGUGACAGUUAAUAAUUUGACAUAUGAAGCAAGAAAAACUACCACAUUAGUACUUCAAAUCACAAGGAGCCAUGUAGAAAGUCACGUAGAACGACGACCACGGUGAGCGACUAUGAAUAGUAUUAUUCUUUAUAUUGAAUCAUAAAUCCACACAAACAAUCAGCUGUUUGCUAAUCAGUUACAGUUAAUACCAUUCUUGCACAUCUCGUGAAGAUUUUCAUUUGCUUCCAACGAUUUUCAGAAUCCAUGGAAGCUUUAUGGAGUAUAGAAGACAAAUUCAAGGUAUCAACACAAAAGGCUGUUGCAUUAUUUGCUUGCACCUGUUUUCUAGUGAUCUGUCUUUGCACAGCUACUGCUUUGAAGAGGUGGAGGAGGAAAGGAGCAGUGUAUCAAGAACCAUACACUGAGGCAUCAACCACCACCACAACAUGGGCUGAGCCGCCACGGCAGAGGUGGGGCUCGGUGAAGAAAGCGUUGAUGAGCUCGGUACGGUGGAGCGGAGCGAGCAAGUGGGAACUGCAGUUCAGUGGGAGUGAAAGAGAGAGGCCUACGCCAUUGCUUGUAAGAGGAAGCUGUGCAGGAGAUUUAGGGUGGCAGAGUCAUAAUUCAACUUCACCUGUGUGGCAAAGGCCAAUACUUAUGGGUGGAAAGUGUGAGCUACCAAGAUUCAGUGGCCUUAUACUUUAUGAUGAAAGAGGGAGGCCACUUGAUCAGUGUGAAGAAGGAAAUAUUGACAAACAGGAGGAAAAGGCUGCAGAGGUGAGAACCACACUGAGAGACUUGCUGUGAUUGCCUAUUUAUUCUUGGUUGCUUAUCUCUCUGUUGGACUAGGGGUUUGCCCUGUAUUUUUGUAAAACUAUAUAAACAACGCGAAUAAUUAUCUUCUAAUGCGAGUUUUUAAUUACUUUUU